CAACUGCUCUGCUUUUGAAUGCUCAGCUGCAGAUAAAUGAACUUCCCUUCUGCUCUGAACUGUGACGGUGUGUUGAAUUUCCUCUGCCGUCUGGGACUGGACCGGGUUCACCAUGGAGGGAGAGUCCAGACGAGCAGUUCACCUGGGAGGAGGUAAGUUUAGUCUGUUUAAAGGGAUGUUUGUUCACCAACCACUUGGAUUUCUGCUGUUCUUGCAGAAUCAUCAAAAUCUGAUUCCUGGGAACACUUCCUGUGUUUUACGACCCUCUGGCCGGCAUAAUCUCCAGAACCAGAUCUUUGAGACGCUUUCUGAGUCAGAGUCUUCCUGCUGGAGAUGUACAGAGAACUCUCAGAUAAAAGGAAUAUCUGCUGCAGGUCUUGUUUGCCUCACUGAUCUGUGGGAGCUUGCUCUGUUACUUCUGUCUUUGUUGCUGUUCUCAGACUCUAAUUCUAAAUGAGCUGAUUUUACUUUCCUAAGAUGUUUAUUUUUGCAUAAUAAGGGUAAUGUAUCCAGGGGUAGUCCCUCUGAGCAAGUUUAAAUUUCUUGUUUUAUGUUUAUUAAGAUGUUUAUUAGGAUAAUGUUUAAGAUGUUUAGUGAAAGAAACACUGAACUUCAGGGCCUUGUUGCUCUCACACACACACCCGGCCAGUCAAUUCCGUAGGGGAAGUUAUGGUGAAGGCCGGGAUUCAAAAAUGAAUUAAACAUCUGAACGAGAGACAAAGGGGCCUUUCUGGCUUUUAACAAACUGUUGCUGCUCUCAGGCCCGAUAAAAUACAGGACCCAUGAACACACGGGGCCUUUGUACGCAGACUGCAGCUCUCAAGGUCAUCACGUGAUACAGCACGUGAACCUGGAGCACCAACUGUGGAAUUGUUUUCUACCUAUAACUAAUAAUAUCAAGAUGCUGUCCACUGUUGUUUUAAUAUUAAUUAUGUGUGGAGGAGGUCUGACCAUGAGAAAGGACACAUCAAUCAGUGUAACACAGAGUUUGAUGAGUCUGCUCCUGGGACCAGCUCAGAUACACGUGACAUGUAUUUGUUUGAAAUUAUCACUAAACUUUACUGGAAAAGAAAACUAUUAAGAAUGAAAGGAUGACCGUUCACGUUGGUUCAGUUACACUGAAGAAUUCAGAGUGAGGGCCCAUGAGGCCUCUGGGGCCCCGUCUGAAGGCAGAGAGGAGACGUCUUACUGAGGAAUGAAUCAAGUUCAACUUCCCACAGACUUCAUGGACCUUUGAUUUGGUUUGGAUUAAAGCUUUUUGACCUUUCACCUCCUCCUCGGAGACCCGCCUGCUUCUUCCAUUCCUUAUAAUACAGACGGUCAAGUUACGGAGCGUCAUCUGAAACACACGGCACUUUACUGGCACACACUGACUAUAGUUUAUUUCUGUUUACCAUUCUAUGAUUGCUUUUGUAUUAAUGUAAAUUAUCUGCUGCGUAGCAGAGGGAGGUACAAACACAAUUUCACUUUACAAUCUGUUGUAAUCUGACAAAUAAACCAUGUCCCUUUCUGAACGUCUUAGUCUGUCUUAAAAAAACUCAAUAAAUACUUAUCAGUAAGCACCUGGUGUUUCAGGUGUGUGCCGAAUUGACCAGCAGCUCUUCCUGAGUCUGAAAAGCCUCGACAGUAUUUUUUAGCAGGUUAUUUUAGCUACUAUUUGAUUCAUUUGUAGUUAAAAUGACUGUUUUGUCAAACGGAGUCUGGUUCCCCGCUCGGUUCAGACGGCUAAAAAACGGCCAGCAAAACGUCUUUAAAACACACGUUUCUUCCACACGUAUAACAACUAUUAAACUGCGGGGAAACGUGAAGAAUUCAGUCUUCAAACUGAGUUUUAUGAGACAUUUUACGAAGCAGCAGCAGCAGCAGCAGUGUUUACCUUCACUUCCUGCUUCCUGCGGACUCUGCACCAACAGCGCAUGCUCCUGUCUCCAGGCCGAAAGAGACAAGAUGGCGGCCGCAGCGUCCAGGAGGAAAAGCGUCAGACUGAAAGGUUCUGCUGGAAGAGACCUGGACCCGGACCGGACCGGCCGGGACGUCAGAACCGGGAAACGGAGAGGAGAGGAGAGACGCAAACGUCAGCACUGUGACAAAUCCUUCACAACAUCUGGAUCUUUAAAGAUUCAUCAGAGAAUUCACACUGGAGAGAAACCGUACAGCUGUGACCAGUGUGGGAAAACUUUCACUGCAUCACGUAACCUAGAAGCACACAGACGUAUUGACACUGGAGAGAAACCGUAGCUGUGAACUGUGUGGGAAAUCUUUCACUGGAUCAGAUAAAUUAAAAAUUCACAGACGUGUUCACAGUGGAGAGAGACCGUACUGGUGUGAACAGUGUGGGAAAACAUUUACUCAGAGUGGUCACCUUCAGCGCCACCAACGCACUCAUGUUGCUUCGUGUUGAACAUCUCAGAGCCAAGCUAGCUGUUUCCUCCUGCCUCCUCCUAAUGCCAACAGACAACAGUAACUUUAUAUUUUGAGCAGCAUGUAUGUUAUUGUGGUUAUGAACCUCUACUGGCCUGCUGUCAUCACAGACACUAUGUAGCUACGAGGCCAUUAAUCUACCAAGUGUUUUCCUGAAGAAUCGCUUGGCCCUGUUUCAGAAAACGGGUUUAGUGAAAACUCUGAGUAGGUUGCUGUCUGAGCCUGUGAUGAGAGAUUAAAUUAACUCUAGAUCAGUAACUGAUGCUUUGAAGUAAACCUCCUCAGGAGGACUCUCUAGUAA